CAGCCCGGGGCAAUGACGUAAUGACGCACAGACGUGAAGUACUUUCGCUUUCUCAAGUUUUCGGGAACAGAAACUCGGCGACAACCGCGAAGACGGAACCUAAAACCCACUCAUUUUAACACCACAGCUCCUCAACACAACACAAACAACAACAAGCUUAAAACGUGUGAUGACCGCAGAUGGCUGAAGGACCCCCGGAGACCACCGGACUGGAAGAUGGACCAGAGGAGGAGGAGGAGGAGGAGGAGGAGGCGGCGGGAGACGUGACAGACGCCAAACCUGACCGCAGAGGAAGGUUCCUGCUGUUUAGGAGCCUCGGAGGAAGACCAUAGUGACAGCUCGUGUUUCGCCUGUAUCCUGCUAAGCCACGGCGAGGAGGGCAUGAUCUACGGCACAGAUGGAGCCAUGCCUAUCAAGACCAUGACCUCGCUGUUCAGAGGGGACAUGUGCAAAAGCUUAGUGGGAAAGCCAAAACUCUUCUUCAUCCAGGCUUGUCGGGGUUCUGAAUUUGAUGAUGGUAUACAGACAGAUUCGGGUCCGCCAAACGACACCGUGGAGACAGAUGCUAAUCCAAGACAUAAGAUUCCCGUAGAGGCAGAUUUCCUCUUUGCCUACUCCACUGUUCCAGGGUAUUACUCAUGGAGGAACCCUGGGCGCGGCUCCUGGUUCGUCCAGGCGCUCUGCAACGUCCUCAACGAGUUUGGCAAGCAGCUGGAGAUAAUGCAGAUCCUGACACGGGUCAACUACAUGGUAGCUACCAGCUUUGAGUCCUGGUCCGAAGACCCGCGUUUCAGCGAGAAGAAGCAGAUCCCCUGCGUGGUGUCUAUGCUGACCAAAGAACUGUAUUUCAACUAACCGCCAACCUUAAGUGACCGUACUGUACGACACAGGAAGUUUCGAGUGACUGACGAGACUGACCGUGUCAGGUACUGGCGAAGCGGUCAAAGCAUUCAGGGAUGAUUCAGGCCCAGCAGGACACUGCACAUUCGGAGCACAUAUUAAUAUUUUGCACGUUUAGUUGGGCCUGAAAAAGAACAGCACUCUGUGAGAAAAAAACCUGAUAUAUUUACAGUGGCACUCCACGUUCAUGUGUUGAUGGUGACAUUUAUUCCUCCUCUUCAGGUUGUUCUUCAGAAUAAUGGCGUCACAUUUGAUCUGAUCUUUGUCGACAGGCAUUGUGAAAUAUCCAUGUUAUUCUACCAGCCCCGGAAAAUUUACUGCCAGUUUUUGUGGGCUCUGGGAAUCGUAAUUGAAAAUGUGUCUUCCAUUUUCCAGCAUUUUGCAAGUGACGUUGAAAGGAACUGUACCGGACAAAGAGAAAAACAAGAACAGAUAAAAGGCAGCGCUUCUUUUCAUUUUAGUUUAGUGACCUCUAAUAAUUUGGUGUUCUGAGAGUAGCCUCUCCAGAGCCUGAUCACUAUAACACAAUCAAAUAAAUGAGAAACUCAAAAGUUGAAUGCUUUUAAAGCCUCUUUAUAAAGCUCCCAUAAAUGAAUCUAGUUAUUUUAUUUAUUUAUAUAAUGCGAUUAUUCAAAAACAGGCUCUUUUGAGAUGCACUUUGACUUCUUUACAAAUUUCCCCCUGGACAUUAGAUCCGUGAGUCAGAAUCCCUCAGAUCUCGGCUCGAUUACAAACCUGCUCCACUAGAUUUGUAAGCUGGAAAUUGCGUCACAUUAUUUUCAGUUAUCCAUGUUUAAAUGUUUUCAGCCGUCAAAAAGUAACAAAAGAGACAAAGGAGGGAGACAACACUCUUCUGAGCAGGAACGCACACAUCAUGAUGCUCUCGCCAAAGGCUCGGUGUCUCAGCCUUCCUAGCACAUUUAAGUUGGUAGCAGCAUGCUUGCAUCCUCAGGUUCUUUAUUGUCCCAUGAAGUGGGUUAACUGUAAUGUUAAAGAAUUCAAUUUACGUAUAUGGCUGGGAAGGUUUGAUCUUUUGCUGUGUACCGAUUAGUUAUCUUUUCAGAUUUUGGGUCAAGUGCAUAGUUUAUAGAAUACCCCCCCCCGCCCAUGGAAGCAAGAAUCAGUUGCAAUUUUUUCCAUUUUUCUCAGCAUGACGUUCAAAACAUCCCUUGCUCAGGUGCGGGAAGGUGAAGUUUAUGUUUUUGAUCAAAAUAUUGCGCAGUUGUUAUUUUUAUGAGUCUAACAAAUCACUUUUUCUGAAUUUUGCCCCUUUUUUUUCAUCUGUAGAAUUAGACAUUCGUCUUCAACAUUUUUUGUAUUAAUAACAGAGAACAAACUGCACAAUUUCUUAACAAUGUCUAAAGACUCUAUUACUAUUGUAAUGCUGGACCGGGACCCAAAGCACAAAUGCCAUCAAAAUCAUUUCACUGUAUAUUAGUGUUGUACAUUGUCAUAACCUACUCUACACUGUCAUAACAUGCACCAGCGAUGUCUUUCUAUUUUUAUUUUAAUAAUUUAGCUUUAAAGUUUUCAAAAACUCAAAUGAUUAAAAAUUGCAUUUAUAUCAGAUUUUUUUUUAAGCAUGUAAUUUAUGAAAAUAUUUGAAAACAUUUACUGAAAAAUUACAUAGUUUAGUAACUGAAAUAUUAUAUUUUUCAAACGUAUAUAAAAGACAUUUACUGCUGGUCGCAAAUUCACUCUUACUGUCCCAAAGUCUGUCAUUCACAGAGGCAGCUAUCACUGGUGGUGACAAGUCUGAAGAUACACAAUCCACAAUGUCAACAACCAAUGUUUUUACACAAUUCAUCAUUGCACGUGUCAGUAGUUUAUCUGGAGAAGUUCAGCAGCAGCAGCUUUCAUUCAUUCUCCUUUAUUGUAAUUAUUUUUUUCAUCAGUCACCUUUAAUUAUUUUGAUAACAUUGCAUAUUCUAGAUAGGGCGACGCGGAGUGUCUGGCGUUCCGUACUCUUGUCCCAACACCGCCACAACUCUGGAGUCCUCUCCACACAUGGAUCUCUGAUCAGUGAUGUGGUGCCUAACCUGUGCUGAAAGGAGUGUUCGCUCCACCUGUUUGGGAAUGGAAUUGAAAGAAAGAAAAAACAAAGAGUUAUUUUUUAUGGGUACAACUUUUAAAUUGCUUUUCCGGUGUUAAAUGCUGUUGUCCUCAGGAAUAUAUUUGAAAAUAUUUGGAAAAAAAAUGAAUGAAUGAAUUACAUUGAAAUUAUAAUCAGGCCCUAUAUUUUUUUUCAUUUGGGUCAAUAAUUAAACAGAGGAAUGCUUAUGUAAACAUUUUGUUGUAUUAAAGAAUUUAUUGUUUAA